AUGAGGGCAGCCGCACCGCGUGCGCGAGGCCGCCUCGAGGCCCGCUCGAGCUGGGCGAAGCGCAGGCGCAGUUUCCCUCCGUGCGGCCUCGGACUUUUCUGCCCUUUCCCUCCGUUCUCUCCGCGUGUGUCUCGAGGGGCAGCCGUGAGCGGGUGCGGGAGUCCCGCAGACCAGCCGAGCGUUGGCUCCGCGGGAGCGACCUUCUGCGGACGUCGGCCGGCUGUGCCCCGCGCAGAGCGUCCGCUCCCCCGUCAGCGGCUGCCCCCCCCUCGCCCCGCGUGCGUGCGUGCGUGCGUGCGUGCGGCCGGAAGUCCUGCGCGCCUGGCGUCGGUGGGCUCCGAGCCUGAGGCGCAGCGUGAGAGCCGGGCUGCUGCGGGGAGAGUGAGGCCGGGGCGCGGAGGGGGGCGGGGCCGCCUUGCCGUCACUCCUCCUCAGGCCCUAGCUGUAGCGCCCUUCUCCUCACCCCCGCCCCUCCUCCGGUCCCUGUCGGGUCUGCGGCACCUCUGCGCAGUGGGACCCGGCGGUCUCCGUCGGCCUCUCUCUGGGAGCGGCGUUGCGUUCCAAUGUGGAAUGAAGUUUGCUGGGGUCUCUCCGAAGGACCUGAAUUUAUAUUUGGAACUGAUAAAGAUCCUGAGCAGUGGGAAAUGUCCACAAAGUAGUUGCCAGUGGCUAAGAGAUGAUUAAAAAGAAAGGAUAUACUUCUUGGCAUGUAACCCUAUCUGUAGCUGAUUUAAUGGAAAGUAUUUUGAAGAACCUUAGGAGAGUACAUCCAGUUUCUACUGUAAGUAAG